AUGUCGAACAUAAGACGAUUAACCCCUGCUCCCCUCCCCACUUCAAACGCUUGGGUUGUGAAUACAUUGCUACCAAAACAAGAAGAUAAAAAAGCAGCUGUCAAACCGCCAUCUUAUAACCAGAAUUUAGAUAUUGACAAGUCACCAGAUACAGGCUUACAAUCCCAGUCAGAUGAAUUGACCCAACAUGGUGCUGUUAGUACAUCAAAUUCAAGGGUAUUGGCUCUUGAUUCACCUCAACCAAUAAUGGCUGCAAGAAUAACAAACAAACAAACCCAUUUGGUAAAUGUGGGUAAAACAGUCAAGAUAAAAAAACCAGCUUUCCCUAGGUCAAAGGACAUCAAAGGAGGUAAUGGAUUGUUCAAGUACAAAAUUGUUGACGAUUAUAACAAGCCAAUUCUUCAGUCACUGGUCAAUAUGUCCUCAGCAGCAGCAGCAGCAACAACAACACAGCCCUUUUUAAAACCAGAUAUUGGAUUAUUUGCUCACCCAAUUGAUGAAGCACAUUCACCAAUGUCAGAAGACUCAGCUUCCAUUCCAUCACCCAUAUUAAUACCAUCGUCAAAUACCUCAUUAUUACCUCACUCUCCAGCGAUGUUUUCAUCACCACAAUUACCUCCGUAUCAAAUGGUGGUUUAUAGUAUGCCAAUGUAUCUUCAUUCAGCAUUUCCGCAUCUGCUGCCACAAUUAAGCACACAGUCUCAACAGUCUCAGUCACCCUCCCUGGAAAAUAAAAGAGGCACCAUCAAAGGUAGUAUUAAGAAACAAUUACAAUACUACUUCUCCACCGAAAACCUCUGCAAGGACACAUACUUGAGGUCUUUAUUCGACAAGACUGACGGCAAACUUAGAGUUGCAAAAUUGGUCGAAUUCAACAGACUAAAAGUUUUAACGCACGACGGGAAAUAUCUUGAAGUAGUUUUGGAAGCUGCCAGAGAACUACCCAAUUUGGACAUACUCGAAGGAAACGAGUUUAUUCGCCUAAAGACAUGGAAAAAAUGGGUAAUGCCAUAA